CCCUCUUCUUCAGCUCCACUAGUCUACCAAAAAAAAAAAAAGAAAGAAAGAAAAAUGGAUGGCUCGAUGCACACCAUCAAUCUCUGGUCCUCUCAGAUUGCGAGGAAUGUAGUCAGGAGCCUGGUGGUCAUCUCCUCCAUCCGAUGGGCAGCUUAAGCCGUCCUCUCUCUCCUCAGCAGGACCACCUCCACAAUUCCCAGCUCCUCACUCCUCCACCAGUCCUUGGAUCCUAACCCUUUUCUUUAUUUACAAAACUCAGUACGAAUACGAUCGUCACCCGGACUCACGACGAAGUAUUUGAAAAACCACAGCUCCACCCGAUAUACCGUGUAUCAAAUUCAACUCCUUCCUUCGUUGCUAAAAAAAAACAGGUGCAGGAGAUGGCGAGCUCCUCGACAACCGCGGAGCUGUUUGCGACCAACGAAUUCGAACGGAUGCUACCAGGCUAUCUCUUCCUGAUCCCAUUGCUCACUCAAACCUUCCUCAUGAACCCCUGCUACGAGAACUCUAGGAGUGCCAAGCUACUUCGAGCGGCCCUCAUGCCCAUCACCAUCUAUCUCACCUUCAGUCGAGUCGCCAUCAGACUCUUCUAUCCCCUCAAUGUCUUCUUCCACUGGAACUUCACCUUCGUCUCCUUUCCUACCUUCCAUGCCGUCUGUCUCGCUAUCCAGUACGGCCUCUCUCAGGCUCCUGUAUUCGCUUCAAAAGAGGAGAUGAUCAAGGCUGGUAAUUAUCGAGGUGAUCCUGAUGAGAAGGACGAGAAAGAGAAAUCCGAAAUUCAGGACAACCCAAAUCCUUCCUUCUUGGAGAAGAUCAAGUUCACGAUUUGGCUACUAUUCAGUCCUCGAGGCCUGCAGACCUCAUGGGCGCCCAGUCUAGAAGUGGUCCCACGAGGCCCGAAGAUGGGCGCGGGCCUAUUCUUCGUAUACGUGCUCUUCAAGACCGUCGUCUGCCAUUUCUUGAUGACGCUUCUCUGGAUGAUCGGCGUCGAAUGUGCUCAACAUCCGAAUGGGGCGUACGGGGUCGUCGCUGAUUGGGUGCCUUCUUUGGGGUUCCUCAGAGAUUAUCCUCAGUUCGAUUUUCUUACGCCCGCUCCACUUGGGGGAGCAGCCUGGUUUGCAAUCGAUACGCUGGGCGGAAUACUAACUCUUCUGGAGGUGAUUCUGUACCAAGUAGGACCGUAUGUUCUACCGAAAGAUCUAGCGCCAGGGAAAUUCGACUCGACCCUGUACCCCCCCUUAUUCAACGACCUACACGCCCGCGAGAGCUUGAUAGCGUUCUGGUCAAAAGGUUGGCAUGCUAUCUUUCGGAGGAACAUCGUCUUCUGUGGCUGGAACCCGAUGGAAUAUCUCUUCUCGUCCUUCGGGAAAGAUGCUGCUAAGACGGCCGGCAUGAUGGGCGGGAUGAUCUUCAGCGGAAUAUUCCACGAAUACCUAAUCGCGGCGGUGUCCAAGAUCGAUUGGAAGUUCCCGACAGUCUUGAUGUUUACUCUCUGUGGACUAGGCAUGGUCACGGAGGUCCAAUUCAAACGCCGGACAGGACUCCUUGUCAAAGGCAUUCCCGGACGUUGGUGGCUGGUGCUUGUGAUUGGAGCGGGUGGGAAAUACAUGGUCGACAGCUGGAUGGCAAGGGGGCUGGGCAGGAGCGAUAUGCCGCCGCCCAGACUGUGGACGUGGCCGAGAUUCCUGGUUCCGUUCUCGGGAUUAAUGCCAGAAAGAUGGAUAUCUCGCAUUGAAUCUUGGGUGCCUUGAGUCGUUGUUCGUUCAUCGCCUGUAUAGAAGGAGUCUUUUUCUCUAUAUUAAUUAUCGGCUUAUAACACCAAAAAAAAAAAAAAAAACUGGUGUACUCAUUCCACCCCAAUUUCAUAGUAGAUUUACUUUGUAUAGUUCUUUAUAGCCUUCUUAUCUAUCACCCUCUCACAUCCUGGCCCACAAGUAUCAGAUCUGUGUACAUCAACAUAGAGCCCUCUUCACAUCAUGAAAACAAAUACCAAUCUCUUCUGCUAAUUGUUAAUUGUAGCUCAGACAAGAUUGCACUCAUUGUUUUUCUUUUGGUUCCUUUUUUUUUCUUGUUUUUAUGGGGAAUAAGAUACUUUUGAAAGGGGGUUCCUUAGGGCAUUG